GGGUGGGGGUUGCCUCGGUCCUCUCCGUGCCCGGUAGUAACCGGAACGGCUGGCACUGAGCACACACACAGACACAGAGAGAGCAACACACGCACAUUACACUUCAUUUACACUCAACUAUCUCACUUCACGACAUCACCCGACAGACGACACGGCCAGAAUGGCUGCCAUCUUACGUGGAUGAAAAGGAGCCGGUGAAACCUCUCAGCAAGUCUUCUAGCCCCCUGAUGAAUCAUUCCACCCAAGGGUCUCAUCACGCUCUGUAGUGGCCUUUCACAUGGCAUAUGUUAAAAAUUUCUUCUUAUCGGAUAUGUGCGCUGACCGAUCUGAUUAUUGGAGCCCCAGUGAUUAAGCACCGUGAACAGACGACUGAAGUGCCAUGGCGAAGACGACAGAAAUCUUGAACCUGUCCUUCCUCCAGGAGCACGAGCGAGAGACGAUCCUCAGCGUGCUGCAGAAAGACGAGAAACUCCGCAAACGAGAGGAGAAGCGCAUCCGAAAGCUGAAGAAUGAGCUUUUGGAGCUGAAGCGGCGUGGACGACGCGGUAACCCGGAGCAGCGGGAGUGUGGCGUGUGCCUGCGUGCUCUGGGUCUGAUCCUCCAGAGGGGCAUUGUGUGUUAUGAGUGUCACCGACGUGUCUGCAGCUACUGCACGGCGUUGUCCUCGAACAGCAGCAACACCAAGUGCAUUGUCUGUGCCAAGUCUGCGGAGCUGAAGGUGGUCACAGGGGAGUGGUUUUUGGAAGAACGUGCCAAGCGCUUUGAACGCAUGACGAUCCCUAGCAGUGACGUUAUCAAACAGUCCAUCCUCACCAGUGUUCCAGAUGGACGCUCUGGCCAGAAGAAGCUUUCCCCAGGACUGGACCGGCCAGCCACACCUCACUCUGAGCGGUCAGCCUCUCCACAAUCUGAGAAGAGUGUUGGCCGGUUCUUAGGGAAGAAGAAAGGGACCAGACCAGUGGCUGUAGAGUCAUCAGGGUUACCGACGACACCCAACAACAUGCGCUCACAAGCAGGCCGGUCACCCUCACAGGCCGAAGGAAGGAAAAGGCCCGAUGGGGCUGAGAGUGUAUGCAGUGUACACAGCAGCGACAGUAUUCCUGAAAUGAUCAGCAUCGGAGAAAGGCGAAAAGACUCAAGCACACCCUCUAUCGCGGUGUCCAGAGCCUCGCUUUCAUCAGAUCGCAGUCGCUCCGAGGUCGAUCUCAGUAAUCUGGGUGACGGGUUUAGUAACGACUCCCUGCCCGGCCGCUGCCACUCAGUUCCUGGGCUCAAUGAUGCCAACUCUGAUGAAGACAUUGAUGUCCUGAUGUCUGCUCACUACAAAACCACCCGCAGUGUCAGCAGUGCUCAGUCUGUGUCUUCCACUCCAGGCUCGCAGCGAAAGUGGGGUUACCUUAACGUCCCCGACUCGGAUGCUGAGACUAGCAGUCUGAACAGUAUUAUGAGCGUGUACAGUGAGAUGGGUGACUACGGCAACGCGCGUGUUUCCGGAGAGAUCCUGCUGAACAUCUCCUACAGCUAUAAAACAGGAGCACUCAACGUUCUAGUGCGAGAGUGCCGCUGCCUAGCAACCGGAGACGACCGGAGACAGCGGACUGACCCUUAUGUCAAAACCUACCUCUUACCAGACAAGUCACGCCAGAGCAAGCGAAAAACCAGCAUCAAGAGCAACACCACCGACCCAGUAUUCAACGAGAACCUGAGGUAUGUGGUCAGUCAUUCCCAGCUGGAGACUCGUACUCUACAGGUUUCUGUGUGGCAUCAUGACCGCUUCGGACACAACACCUUCCUAGGAGAGACUGAGCUGACUUUUGACUCCUGGGAAUUUGACAAACAGAUAGAGGAUUGGUUCCCGUUACAACCCAGAGCGGAGUGCUCUACAGAGACCCUGAUGCAGUAUAAGGGGGAGCUGACUGUGGUGCUGAAGUACAUUCCUGCUGAGAGGAACCUUUCACUUCCACUGGACCAAAUACAAGUGAAAAGAGGAUUUCUGAAAGGCAAGAAGAGCAUCACUCUGCCAAAAGGAGGCAUGGUAGAGCUGCUGGUUAAAGAAGCCAAAAACCUGACAGCAGUCAAAUCAGGCUCCUCUGAUCCAUUUGUCAAAGGAUACCUGCUCCCUGAUGACAAGAAGAGCACGAAACACAAGACUGCAGUGGUCAAGCGUUCAGUGAACCCACGCUGGAAUCACACGUUCACCUACUGCGGUCUGCAGCAUAGUGACCUAGACAGCGUGUGUCUGGAGCUCACUGUCUGGGACAAAGAGCCGCUCGCCAGCAACGUCUUCCUUGGGGGAGUGCGGCUAGGAGCCGGGACCGGUCUGAGCUAUGGGAAGGAAGUGGACUGGAAUGACUCCUACGGUGAGGAGCAGCGACUAUGGCAACGCAUGAUCGACAACCCAGAGGUUCCACAGGAGUGCACACUAAUGCUAAGGUCCAGCAUGGUCAAGAGAAAGACGUAAAGAGAUGCAGAGGGAUAGAUAUGUGUCUCGCAAUAUUCAUCGAAAGCUACUGCUCCUUGUCACCUUAUAGAAAAGUGCACUUUGCAUACACAGAUAGAUGCUACAUUAUGACACACACACACAAACACUGUCCUCGAGAUUAGCCUUGAACACACAUGACCUCUUGCUGUCUAUAUGAACACUCCGUCCUUUCUCACUGUGUCUCUUCACUGCACACGCAUGCAUCAUAAGAAAAUAUCACGACACACAACACGAGCUCAUAGCUGUAAAUAACACAAAGCCUAGCUUAAAAGACACAAAAUCUGCUCACACACAUGAAGACACACAGUUAUGAUGGCACAAACCACUCUAUUCACAGUUCACAUGAAUUAGAUAAACUCUAAACAGCGAAGCACGCUCACUGCCACUCUCAUAUAGAUAACAAAAAGACAAUUCUGCUUUUAGUGCAAAUUUCUUGUCUGUUUCCUGUGCUGUUGUAGCGAUGAGAGCGAAAUCAAGCACACCUCAAUGAUUCAGUACAUGUCUCCGCAGUAGUGCAUGCCUGAAGCAGUGUUCAUUGAGCAUUAGAUGUGAGCUGCUCUACCUCAGGCUGUCGUCGUGUCCAGAGUAAUCGUGGGUGAUAUGACUAAAAUAUCACAACACUGCAUUUAAAGACAUUUGUGUAAGACAUAUCAAUUCUACAUAGAUUCGCUAACAAACUGCCUAAACACAAACAGUAAACAGUAAAACAUGUUAAAAACAGAGUUAAAUGAUGCGAUACUUUAAUGUCUACACGUGACAACAGGUGUUGUUUGCUUGUCCAACCCCUUGUCCAGAUAAGUGUCCCUCUAGGUUCCCCAGUUUCCUUCCACUUCCUAAAUAUAUGGCAGUAGAUGGAUCGGCCACAUGGCUCUGCGCUGUGAAUGAGUUUGUCCUUGUGAUGGACUGGGGUCCAGUUUCUGCCUUGUGUCCAGCGUUCUCAGACAGGCUCUGAAUCCACAACUGCCCUGACUGGAUAAAACAUAUACUGAAGAUUAAGGGAUUAAAAUGAGAACUUAUUAAAUUCUGUAAAAAAAACAGAAGCUUCCAGUCAGUUUGGAAUUGUUAUUUAAAAUGUCGUAAAGACAUUAGAAAAAUCUGAUGAUCCUUCUGAUAUGUCUGAAAAGUGACUGUAAUGCAAUAUACACUGAUCAGCCAUAACAUUGUAACCACCUGUCUAAUACUGUGUUGGUCCCCUUUUUGCUGCCAAAACAGCCCUGAUCCAUCGAGGCAUGGACUCCACUAGAUCCCUGAAGGUGUGUUGUGGUAUAUGGCACCAAGAUGUUAGCAGCAGAUCCUUUAAGUCCUGUAAGUUACGAGGUGGGGCCUCCAUGGAUCGGACUUGUUUGUCCAGUACAUCCCACAGAUGCUGGAUUGAGAUCUGGGGAAUUUGGAGGCAGAGUCAACACCUCAAAUUCUUGGUCAUGUUCCUCAAACCAUUCCUGGUCAGUCCAUGCAGUAUGGUCUGCAACAAUGUUGGGUAGGUGGUACGUGUCAAAGUAGCAACCAUAUGGAGGCCUGGACAUCAGCAGAACUUUGUCCAGAGCAUUACAGAAGACCUGUGGGAUGCUUUGACCUGGUCAUCUAGCUAUUACAAUUUGACCCUCAUCAGAGUCAAUCAGAUCCUGACUCUUACCCAUUUUCCUGCCUCCAAACACAUCAACUCUGAGAACAGGUGAUGUGCCCCACCUCUUGACCAGUGUCACCCUAAUGAAAUAAUGAAUAUUAUUCUCUUCACCAGUGACUUCAAUGUCAUGGCUGAUCGGUGUAUAGUGUUGCCACGCUGCCCAGCCCUAGUCCAGAGGUAACUAGCCGGGAUGAUUCAUGUCUCGAGUGUUUAAUUUGUUCGAAAGCUCUGUGAGUGCAUGAUUUAUGUGGACACUCCUGUGUAAGACUUUUAAAGACAUUUGCACAAAGUACACAUGUACUUCGGUCAAGUCAGGUAGAUUAUUAUCGAACUGUUAAUAUAAGCGUGUAAUGGGAGGAAAUAUUGUGCCUUGAAAAUCAGUGUGCAGCGUAUAAGACUCUAGACAGACCUGCAACGAUAUACAGUUGAAAUGAUAAGAUGAGAGUAAGACAAAAUCAUUGGUCAGUUGUGGAAUUUCAACAACAUGUGCAGUAAAAUACUACACACACACACACACACACACACACAGGUAGGUGCAGGUAAUGACCCUGUACACACCAACCACACAGAACAGCAGGAGGGUGAAGGAAAUGGCACAGUGGUUGUAAGAGUGUGUGAAACACGAGAAACCAGCAUACACGGAUACAACAGUAUCAAUCUGCUCCUGAAGAUCUGUUUCCUCGCAGGAUUUCAUUAGAUUUUAUUAGCUACAUGGGAUCUCAGUGGUUCACAAUCCAUUAUCAUCAACAUGAUUAUACUUAUUAUCUUCCUCUGCAUAGUUACUAUCUCAUUUGGCUGGCCACUUAAAUUGGUUUAAUCCAAACCUCAGUAACACAGAAACAAAUCAUUAAUAAAUCAUUUCAUCCUAGACUUGAUGUGUUGGAUCAGUAGAAUGCUUAGGAGUAAAACGUUCCAAUAAAUAGACAAGUUUUACAGCACACAUUUUUAACAAUUAGUUCAGAGUUGUGUUUCUCAGAGAGUUCUCUCAGUUCUCUGGCUGUGAAAUGUUCGAGAACCCCGGCUCUAGAUCAUUGGUCUUCAGAUAAUCUGGAACAGCUCUGGUGGAGAAAAGUUUCUGUGAUUUGUGUCGAAAGUUUCCCGAAAGAUCGAUGUGAUCCCUGUUCUAGAUCAUAUAGACAUGAGUCUAGUAUAGAAGAUGAUAAAGCGAUGAUAAGAACAGUGGGAGUCAUGGGACUUUUUUUAUUUUUAUUUUUUUAAAAUAUGAAAGCUGGUGUCCAAGCACACAACACAGAAGCACUGACCCUGGGAUCGUAACAGAGCUAUGUAGAGUUUCCACAUGGGCCGGCUAGAUUUCAGUGAGGAUGAACAAGCUGCUGUGUGUGUUGUUAGUUCUUCAUUGCUCCUGUUUGUAGAAGUAAGCCUUAUAAACGACACAAGACAUGACUUCUAAAGAAAAACUAGUGUCGCGUUCGCCUGUGUAGUGUUUAUGAGGCUUCCUGAGUAGCAAGGUAUGACUUCUGUGUGUUAAAUGUUAAGUCUGUGUGUUUGUUGCCUGACUGUGAAGCAUGUUCAGUGUGUGUGUGUGUGUGUGUGCAUUGUCAGCUCUGAGCAGGGAGAUUGCUCAGGGAUCUGCUUACAGAGAUUGUUUAUGUGUCUUUAGAAACCCUUAGGCAGUAAACAAUAAACUAUAUUAACCUCU